AUGGUUUUAAUCAUGGCAACGGUGACAUACCCUCCACCGCCACCUUUUUACAGGCUUUACAAAGAUUACUUGCAAGACCCUAAGUCUGCUCCCGAGCCUCCACCUACUCUACCUCCACCGCCUAUUGAAGGGAACUACGUUUGUUUUGGAGGCAAUUACACGGUAACCUAUGAUGUUCUAACAAGCUUGGAAGAACAAGGGGUUGCGCCAGCUUAUUCUAGGGGCCUAAUGUUGGUUAGGCCAUUUUUAUCCCUAUUCAUGCACAAUUUGAUAUGAUAAUGUUUUGCAAUGACCACAAGUUGCUACAAAUAG